AUGCCUGUUGUGGUCGACUUGCUUGACGAUGAUGAUAUCAUGGUCAUCGAAAGCCCGCCUUUUUCAAGGACAAGCACGAGCGCUAGAAACGGGCAUCUCUAUGACAACUAUCGUUAUCAUUCUCCGGUAAUAGAUCUCACUAUAGACCCAGCGCGCAAGCGCCGACGCAAGAAUAAGAAAGCACCUUCGACUCUAGCGAACGAGACUCAAGUCGUUCAGCAGCAAGCCACUCAAAAUGUCUCAACUGCGCUUUCUGCCAGCCAAUUGACGCCCUGUACAGCUCGACCUACAGCUCAAUCUGAACAAGAACGACUGCUUGUAACUCAAAAUGUGACUGAGCCUUCUGUGACUUUUCUUGGACGAGGAUCUGGCACAAUCGUGGAAAAAGGGCUAACAAGUGCACAAAGGGCUGGACGUGAUGGAGCUCGUCUGGUCAAUGUUCCCAAAGAUGACGAUCCAUCGGAAUUGUUCAUAAGAUCAAGUCCAGCUGUAGAACCUUCGCUACCAGAUGAUUCACUAAGCAGAGCACCGGUGGCGAACAUGAUUGUACAGCCAUCAUUUGGCUUGUCACCUACGCCGGCAAGAAUACGCCGACACCAUACUGAAGUCCAGAUGAGCCCUGAUGCAGUGGAUGACUUUACGGUGAAUUGCUUUGUCGCUCCAAAGCCGGUUGAGGUCAUUGCGUCGGAUCACCGUUACAACGGGCCGGACGAGCAUAGUGAGCAGCAAAAGAAAAGCAGAGAGAAAGUGCGCAGGACUCAAUCCGAAAAGAAACUUGAUUCCAUCAAAAAAGAUAUUCGGGCAGCGUCCGUGAGAAGGUGCUCUUUAUAUGCAAAAGCAACGCCGACGCUAGGAGUGGUGCAAUCGGUCAAGAGAGCAAGUGACACAGAGUCAUUUAGUGCCCAAGAGGCGCCAUCUCCAAGACCGAGCCUCGAAAACAGGAUAUCGUCUUCAAAUCAUACCCUAGGACGGUCAAGGACUACUUGUGAGCCGGAGCAUCUUACCAAUGAUAUUGCGCGCAAGAAUCCUGAACCUCAAACCGUAUCACACUCUAUCGUCAGAACUGAAUCAGAUUCUCAAAAGUGGGACGGCUAUCACUGUCCUCUCUGCCUUCGGAAGCAUAUAUCGCGUCAUCACUUGAAGAGACAUUUCAAACUUUGUGUGGAGAGGAACGGAAAUCCCGAAGGAAAGAGCUUCAACAGUCACGAAAGUUGGAAAGCUCUGUCACAUGGCACAAAGACAUUUGCUCGGGAACCGCCAAGAGCCAGAUUACCAAAUAAGCAGUCCACACCAAGGUCAUUUCAGAACAGCGCGUUGCAAGACAUUCGGGCUGGCGUGCUCUGCAAUCCAAGUCAUGUCCAAUCGAGACAUGAACUCGAGAAGCGCGCACAGAAAGUAGAGCAAAUCACACGACGCGCGUGGACGGGACAGCAUGACCAUAUCUCCAUAGAAGAUGAUAACGAUGAUGCAGUACCAGUGGAGGCUGACCAUGUCAAUACUUCCUUCUCGUCGCAGGCUCACUCGGAUAGCUCGAAUACAUCUAUUACUAAGACAGACAGCCUGUUCCAACGUGAUGCAGCCCAGGACUCCGACACCUCAGUAGAGGCAGAAUACACACCAAAGCCUGGUGUGGCAGGCACAGAUACUCAGGCUGAACGUCCUACAACCGGCGGAAAAUGUAUCUCCGCUGAAACACUGGCAGUAUGGGAACCUCAAAGUGCAGAAGAGACCGAAACACCGGAAGUGAUUUAUGUUUAUUUCGUCAAUAUCCGGACUUGGGCUUUGGAGAAGGCAGACGAAGAGCACUAUUCCAAUAAUUCUGGCCCGUUCUACACACUACAAGAAGCAAAUAUGGUUGCAAAGGAAGAAGUCAAGUACCCUUUAGACCACAUCCAAUCCGGCAUGGAAGAAAUCACGGCGUCUCCAGGCUGGUCAUACACCUACACCGAGGACGAGCACCAAAUGCAAACCCACAAAAUGUCAGCCGCAGGUCUAUGUUCCGAGACAACUGUCCGCCGCGAGCUGCCACCACCGCCAAACCGGCACGCUCUUGCCGCCUCCGCAUUCAAAACGCCUCCAGCAAUCUAUAUAGUUCAGACCCUAGUCCGCUACCACCAAUCCCCCUCCUCCUUAGCAGCUUCUACACACAACAAUUCCCCCAACGACGACCUCUUCGACGACGAGCCACUACAGCCAGCGGCAACCCCCGACUGCGAGAAAUCCACACUAGGCGCCUACACGGCGCUCGACCUAGCCAACAAACGGGCAGGAGACUUCUACCUUGAAUUAGCGACCCAGGGUAUGUCUAGUAAAGGGGCGCAAGGGGUCAGGAAGAGCGAAAUCGAGAUGAAUGUUAGGCGGGAAUUGCAGGAGUUGAAUGAAGAGGGGGAUAUGUUUCAGAAGACUGUGGAGUUUGAGGAGGAUGCGGAUGGAGACGGAGAGGGGGAAGAAGGGGGGAGAGGGGGCAUUUUGCGCUGUGGGUGGAGAAGGUGGGAGAUGGGAGGACAGGAGGAGAGAGAGGGGAGGUGGCAAGGGGCAGAAGUAGCACCUGCAUCUGGAGUGCUCGACCAUGGCGAGGUCUGUGACAGUAUCACACAUGAUGCACCGACACCAGCAGACUAA